AUGUUCUUUCUACAAUUGAAAACAGACAUUUACAAUGGUAAGCUGGAAUGUCCAUUUGACACUGUGGUUGAGUUGGCAGCACUGGCUCUUGCAUCGGAACUUGGUGAUUUUGAUCCUGAAGUGCACACUCCUGGUUUCAUAUCAGAAUUUCGUUUUGUACCAAACCAAACUGAAGAAAUGGAGCUUGCAAUCUAUAAGCAAUAUCAAAAAUUAAGUGGUUAUACUCCUGCCCAGGCAGAGCUUCAUUACUUAAAUAAAGCCAAGUGGUUAGAGAUGUAUGGCGUUGAUAUGCAUACUGUGAUUGGACGUGAUGGUUCCAUCUACAGCUUGGGAUUGACGCCAACAGGAAUCUUGUUUCUCUCUCUGUCCCCCUCUUUCUCUCUCUGUCCCUCCCUCUCUUUCUCUCUCUCUCUCUCCCUCCCUCUCUUUCUUUCUCUCUCUCUCUCUCUCCCUCCCUCUUUUCUUUCUCUCUCCCUCUCUUUUUUUUUCUCUCUCUCUCCCUCCCUCUCUUUCUUUCUCUCUCUCUCCCUCCCUCUUUCUCUCUCUCUCCCUCUCUCCCCUCCUCCUCCCCUCCUCUCCCUCCCUCCCUCCCUCCUCCCCUCUCUCCCUCCCUCCCUCCCCUCCCUCCUCUCUUUCUCUCUCUCCUCCCUCCCUCUCUUUCUCUCCCUCCCUCCCUCUCUUUCUCUCCCUCUCUUUCUUUCUCCCUCUCCCAUAUUUACAAGGCCCAAAAUCACUUCCUUAAAUUUCAGAAAUAAAAAACUUAUCCUUGUUGUUGUUGAAGAUGAUGAUCAGGGCCAUGAGCAAGAACACACAUUCUUAUUUCGACUCCAAGACAGGAAAGCUUGCAAGCACUUGUGGAAAUGUGCUGUAGAGCAUCAUGCAUUCUUCAGAUUGAAGGGUCCAGUAAAAGGUGCUUCUACGCGCCAAAAUUUCUUCAGAAUGGGCUCCAGAUUUCGAUAUAGUGGACAUACAGAAUACCAAACAGCCUCCAUUAAUAGAGCUCGACGGGGUGUAAAGUUUGAGAGACGAGCAAGCCAGAGACGUGUCCAACGACUGCAUGCAACUCCCGAUAAUGAGAGAAAGCACAAAUUAGCAAAAGAAUCCCACCAUUCACCUGCUGAUGUCCAAUCUGCAGCAACUCUGGCCAGGAGACAACCCCCAGAGAUCAUUGACAAGUCGUCCCAUGUCUCCAAUGGCGAUAUAAUCACAGUCCAAACCAAACCUUCAAAUGUUCCAGUUUCAGCUCUUGAACGUCUUGACUGUCUGAUCAAGGGUACAGCCACUGCUAGUCCGUCUUCAAAAACUGCUCCUGAAGAAUUAUCUACUCCUCCUGCUGCUGCUGUAGUCACUGUCAAUAGUUGUUCAAAAACUUCCAUUGAUGAUGACAAUGAAGAUGAGGACUUUGUUGAUCAUAAUGAAGAAGAAAAACCUGAUGUUUCAUUACGAGAUGCUUCAGAAGUGGCUGCUGCAAAAAUCAAAAGAAUUGAACAACCAAGUAAUGUUGUUGUGAAGACAAAAGAUGUAAAUGAUAUGAAGAACAACCAAGAAAAGUUUAUUGCAAAGUCAGUUCCACUGUCAAUUCCCCCAGAACAAAUGAAAUGUAAUAUUUUUAAGGCACGUUUUGAAGAACAAAAUCAUACAGUUGUUACCCCAGAAGAGCCUGAAAGUGCUAGUUCUGAUGUCGCUGACGGAGACAGCGAAAGUGUCCCCAGUGUUGUCUCAUCUCCCCAAGAGCCACGGAAGGAAAUACACGCUGUGGCUGCUGACACUGGCAGUGAAAUUGAGGAAGAAAGUGAUGUAAGCAUGCAGGACGAUGUGAUUAACCAUGUCAGAAAUAAGACAUCUCUUAGUUCCUCCACCAGUAGCUACACUGGAGCUGAUGCCCUCGAUCAACAAAAAAUGACUGCCUUACCAAAUGAAGUCUUUGUUCCACCAGUAAAAAUAUCCAAAAUCCCACAGCGGGAAACUGCGAGAACCAGAGCCUUACCUCCCUUCGAUAAGGGGAGACCUCAGCCUCUGGACAAUUUAUCAGGACGAGUUGUUGAUAAACCAAAGGAAUCAGUGGUGGCACCUUCUUCUUCUCCUUUACCCAAAUCCAUAAAUUUCCCCCCAGCAAACAAAGCUUCCAAUGUGGAAUCAUCGGCAACAAGUGUUGGAAAGGGUCAUAAUCCUUUCCGCAAUGCUCCAUCUCAAAUUCCUAGCCUCUCUCAAAUUCCAACUAUUUCUUCCUCUCCACCAGCUACUCACACUGUCUCACAAAUUCCCUCCCCAAAAUUCUCCCAGAUUCCCAGCCCUAAAUCACCUUCUCAAAUUCCUUCUCCUAAAAGCACUUCUCAGAUCACACCACCAAAGCAAACUUCAGCCUCCUCUAAUUUCUCCCCAUCUCAAAUUCCUUCUCCAUCAUCUAACUCUAAAAAUCCAUUCUUUAAUUCCAAAAAUAAGAAUGGUAAUCCUUUUGUUGAAGAAAUCCAAAAGAAUCCUCAACCCAAAUCCAAAAACCCUUUCAUUAAUUUGUCAAAUGAGGAAUACUUACCCAAAUCCAAGUUGCCUGUGUUUAACUCUGUAAAGUCUCCAGAUCCUGCAGUGCCAAGUUCCCCACCUGCUCACAAAAGUGUUAGUGACUUGGAGAGCCCUGUCACAGCUGAAUUGGAUUCGGUUGUUGCUACCUUAAAUUCUGCUGGAGAAAAGAAGAUGAUGCCACCCUCUUUUCAAUCGGGCUCACAGAAGUUGGCCAAACCUACCACCCACUCAUCUGAAAGUUCUUCAUCCCUACCCCUUUUGAGGAAGGUGGACAAAGCACCGGCUGAAGUAACUAUUGAAACUUCUUUAACUGAAAGUAAUGCUGUUUCCCGGAAUACCUCCAACACAAGUUCUAAGAGUCUUCCAUGCAGAACAACUGUUCACCGGAGCAUUCCUCGCACACAUUCAGAAUCAACAGGUCAAAAUCAGAAACGCAUUAAUUUGACAACAGAAUUAUAA